AUGUCAAACGAACCCCGCCAACCGGCAACUGGAGCAUUAAAAUCCUACUUGCGUCCAUUCGAGUGCGUCAACCCGCGCGACGUGACGUGGGACGAGGUAAGGGAUUCUUCCCUCCCGCCGCAUCCCCAGCUACUGCGUGGAGGGCCUGGCGUGGCUGCCCUGGCAUUCAGUGACGGCCAUAGACGCAGAGCCAGUGGCAAUGGGAAUGUCGCUGGCGUUGGCGUCGGGAAUGGUAGCAGUGUCGGAGGGAAUAUUGGCCCAGGAGGAAUAGCUACCCCGAUCGGGUCAGCGGGAGGAGGCGUGGAAGGGGGUGUGACAUCCACCGCAGGAGCUGGACCAGCCGAACAGCAGCACAGUCACAGCCCGCACACAAGUCCCACACGGAAUACUGCUAGUUCAUGUACGGCUGGUCCUUCUCCUGCUUCGGCAUCUGCAUUCGGAAGUGGAGUCAAGAGACGGAAUGUGUCUAUCUCAGGGCUGGAUAGCUCACCCGGAAGCACAUAUGACGUUGAAGAGUCGGAGAAUAAUGCUCAUAGCACCCAGGAUGGGAGAAGGAAACAGCCCGUGAAGCGGGCAUGUAAUGAAUGUCGCCAACAAAAGCUACGAUGCGAUGUUAUUCAGGAACCUUUUACCACGUGCUCACGUUGUCGUCGUCUCAAGCUGGAAUGCAAAAUCGAAACAAAUUUUAAACGCAUUGGCAAGCGUAGUCGGAAUGCUGAAAUGGAGCGUGAAAUAAUCGAACUGAGAAGACAGAUUGCGAAUGCAAAUGCUGCAGCCAGCGCGGCGCAACAGCAACAGCAUCAGCAGCAACAGUCACUUCCACCCAUUAAGCAAGAGUUGCCCUCCAUUUCUUCGCAGUAUACUUCGUCUCAACGUAACAUGUAUCAUCCGUCAGCUGGUGAUGCAGGGGACCAAUAUAUCGGAUCGCACGAAGCUGUUGCAUCGCUGCUUGAUCUACGAUCCGGACUAGAUUCUUCCAGUUUCUUAAGGAGCCCUAGCGGCCAGCUAAUUAUGACGAAACGCAUUGAAGAUGUAUCAAUAAGCCCGGAGCGUGUUACGGAGCUCUUUAGCCUUUUUUUCACGUUCUAUCACCCAUAUCUCCCCUUUCUGGAUAGAGAGAAGCCUCCUGAAGAUUUAUUUUCUACUUCACCUCUCCUAUUCUGGACUAUAAUCAGUGUAGGGUCCCGUCGAUACGAGACUGACCCUUCGCUCGUCAAUGCCCUGUCUGGACCAGUUUCGAGAUUGGUAUGGAGUACAUUGGCAGACGUUCCCCAGAGCUAUCAUGUUGUGAAAGCACUUGCGCUGUUAUGCACAUGGCCAUUCCCAACUAGUAGCACAUCGACAGAUCCGACUUUCAUGCUCUGUGGCAUGAUGAUGCAGAUAGCAAUGCAAAUUGGCCUUCAUAGACCAUCACAUGCUCAAGAUUUCUCUAAGUUUAGGGUCGAGUUUAGAGAAGGGGAAUUGAAAGACAGGGUUAAAACUUGGGCUGUUUGCAACAUAGUAGCUCAAAGGGUAGCAACCGGUUAUGGCCAACCAUCGCAGACACUGAUUGACUGGACACUGUCAUCUCCCGAAUCAGUUGACCAAAACUUCAAGCUUCCAGCCGAAAUAAAAGUUCGAUUGGAUAUCGAGAAAUUCUGCGAUAAAGUUACAAGGGGCCUCUACAACAAUCCUCGAGAUCCUGUGGGCCUCUCCAGCGAUGAUGAAAGAUUUAUUGUAACCACCAUUCUCGCGAAAGAUUUCGAGGAACUGGAAAGUCAACUAAGACAGGAACACAAUUCCAUAACAAGCCUCUAUCUUCGGGCAGCUGCUCUUCACCUACGUCUUUCGGCCUUUUUUGAUAACCCAACGGCCAAAGAUUACCGCCAAGGUCUUUCAGCGUUGUAUCUCGCCACUACCCUCUUUCUUGACGAGGCUCUAAAUAUCGAAACCACCGUGGGACCUGUACUUGCAUAUAGCCCAAAUUACAUAUAUCAGAUGACCCUAGCUGCCGGAUUCAUCUUGCUUAAACUGUGCAAAAGCUUCUUUGCUGUUCACAUCGAUAUGGAUUAUACAAAAAACCUUUUCAACAGAACUAUUUGGACCCUACGAAGUAUGUCAGUUACGAAUAACGAUCUUCCACAGCGAUUGGCGGAAGUUUUGGCCCAAAUGUGGCGGAUGGGCAGUGCGCGAGUCUCCCCGGACGUCGCCAGAUCUUCAUCUAGCCAGCCGGAAAUGGACGACUCCUUGCAACUUAAGGUCAGAUGCCGCAUGAGCAUGUCUCUUGUCUACGACUCAGUUUGGCGGUGGAGAGAGGAUUUCCAGGCCAAGGGAAGGAACCUAGAAUCGUUCCUCAAAAAUCCUACGAAUCCAGACUCCAACGUGUCAUCCUCAUCCUCAUCUGUAGCCCCGUUACGGGCCUCAAGCUCAACCCCCGGGGUCGGGGGCGCAGAUCCCAGCCUUGCACCUGCACCACCUUCUCACUCGACCAACAUCGGCGGUGCAGGAGGGACACUCAGUACAUCCUGUCCCGGAAAUGGACUAGGUCUCUUGGGUGGCUUUGUGGAACCGAAUUACGAAGUGUUCGAUCCACUAAAUUGGAUGCUGGAUGGACUGGUAGAUUUCCCCUAUUCCUAUAAUGCCGUUCAGGGGUUGGAGACGUAA